UUUUUUUUAUUUGGCUGUUUUUGGAAUCCAAGGAUUAUAUAGCAUCACCAUCAUGGAACUCAAUAAAAGAAAAAAAUCCCAAAGGUCUUUUUCGAAAGGACAAAUUUCGUUGCGUAAAAGAUCAUCCAAAUUGAUAACGUCAUUAAUGAUGGCACCAUCAUCGACAUCGACAAAAUCAUCCAAACCGAUAAUUAUAUUUGUUAUUGGUGGUCCUGGUUCGGGAAAAGGUACUAUUUGUGAACGAUUAAAAACCAAAUAUGGAUUUACGCAUUUAUCAACAGGUGAUUUACUUCGUGAUGAAGUUGCAUCCGGUUCUGAAUUGGGUAAAGAAUUAAAUCAAAUUAUGCAAUCAGGAAAAUUAGUAUCAAAUCAACAUGUAUUGAAUUUAUUAAAACGAUCAAUUGAAAAAAAUCUUUCAAAAUCUAAAGGAUUUCUUAUCGAUGGUUAUCCAAGAGAAAUAAAUCAAGCAAUUGAAUUUGAAAAACAAAUCGCCCCAUGUUCAUUGGUUUUAUAUUUUCAUUGUUCGGAUACAGUUAUGAUGGAACGUUUAAUAAAUCGUGGUAAAACUAGUGGCCGUGUGGAUGAUAAUGUUGAAACAAUUAAAAAACGUUUACAAAUAUUUCAUUCAAAUUCGGAUCCAAUUUUAGAAUAUUUAAAACCAAAAUUGGCUAAAAUUGAUGGUGAAAAAUCGAUCGAAUCGGUAUUGGAAUCGGUUGAAUUGGUUAUUGCAAAAUUAAUGCAUGUUUGAAAUAUUUAAUUUUGAUUGUUUUGAACGAAAAAAAUUCAAUCAAUAUCUCUUUGUUUUGUUUGCUGUCUUCCAUUGAUUUGAUGUUAUUACAAAAAAUACUCCAGAA